ACUCAACAGCCCGUCGGGCUAAACAAGAGCUACAGCAUUCGAGUGGGUAGACCUGUUGCAUCGGAAUUCAUCAAAGACCUGGAACCGUUCCGCAGGGCCUAUAAAUAUUGGAUAUUGGAUGCGAUUCUUGUUUAAUCCUAUCAAGUAUUUUGUAGCGGCUCUCUGCUCAAGGUUAGGAUGUUGAUUCUCCUGCUCUUCCUAAACUUUGUCUCAUCGGAAGUCACUAGGGUUCAUCUUCAUCCAUUUAAGUCCGUUCAGCGCAGUCUUAUCGAAUUUCAAACGUCUCUUGAAGCUGUUAAAAAAUUAUGGAUCUCAAGGCUCUCAGGCAAUGCUACUUCGGAGCCUGAAUAUCUGAAGAACUACCUAGAUGCUCAGUAUUAUGGGGAUAUAACUAUUGGGACUCCACCGCAAACGUUCAGUGUUGUUUUCGAUACCGGUUCAUCCAAUCUUUGGGUUCCAUCCAAACACUGCAGCUACUUAGAUGUCGCCUGUUUACUUCACAGGAAAUACGACAGUUCAAAGUCGUCCACUUACACCGUGAAUGGCACCACGUUUAGUAUCAGAUAUGGGAAAGGUAGUCUAAGUGGAUUCCUAAGCAAUGACCUCGUGCAGGUCGGUUCACUCAAAGUGAAAGGACAGACGUUUGGAGAAGCCACACAGCAACCUGGAAUAGUUUUCAUCAUGGCAAAGUUUGAUGGGAUUCUUGGCAUGGCCUACCCUUCGAUAUCUGUGGAAGGUGUUACUCCAGUAUUUGUAAAUAUGAUUCGUCAAAAUCUUGUUGACUCUCCAGUAUUCUCAUUUUAUAUCAGCAGGAAUGCAUCAGCUCCAGUUGGUGGUGAACUAAUGAUUGGUGGUAUAGAUGAAAAGUAUUAUACUGGUGAAAUCAACUAUGUACAGCUGAAAGAAAAGUCUUAUUGGUUGUUUGAAAUGGACAAGCUUGUAGUUUCAGAUAAAGUAAUAUGUCCAGAUGGGUGUUCAGCCAUCGCAGAUACUGGUACUUCAAUGAUCGCUGGUCCAACGAAUGAUGUGGACGAAAUCAAUAAGAAACUUGGCGCAAUGUAUAUUCCUGGUGGCAUGUAUACUAUUUCAUGUGAUCGGAUAAGCAGUCUUCCGAGUAUUCACUUUGUAAUAAACGGAAUAAAUAUGACAUUGGAUUCAACAGACUACAUAAUGAAGGUAUCUCAGUUUGGUUCUGAGAUUUGUAUCAGUGGUUUUAUUGGUUUGGAUUUGCCGAAGCGAAAACUGUGGAUAUUAGGAGAUAUAUUCAUCGGUAAAUUUUAUUCAGUAUUCGAUAUGGGCAAUGAUCGUGUUGGAUUUGCCAAAGCUGUUCAUCCAGAUUCCAUUCGUCUUACGAAAAAUUAUGGUCCAAUGAUGCGAUUAUUCCCUGCUCGACCUAUUCCACAAGUUUUCUCAAAAGUCCCAGACAGUGUGUUCGCGUAUUCAAAGCUUAUGCAAGAUACAGUUUAAGAGGUGUGUUGUGUUUCAUUUUAAGAUGAUUCUUUCUUAUUUUGUGAUGCAGAAAGACAUUAUUCAAUUCAGUUGACAAUCGCUAGUAAUUCUUGUUUGUCGAAUCAUUCGGUGCUGUUGAUUUUAUCGACCUCUCUUUCGACGCCAUUUUGUUAAUUUCCUAACUUCUCAUAAUACAUUUUAUCUACUUAUUUACCUCUGUUCAGUUAUCAAUAUACAACAGUUGCUUGUUGUUUA